AUGAUUCAUCGCUCUUCAAGCUCGGUAUCAUCAACAGUGGCUGAUCCAUCAACAGUAACAGUGCGCAUUGAAAGCGCAUCAACAAGUGACCUAAAUGUUCAAGAUGUGUCAACAACAUCUUCAUCUGAUGAUGAUGAUAAUAAUGAAUUAAAACAACAACGAAGAAAACAAACCUUAAAUGAUCGUCUUAACUAUCAAACAUUAUCAGCAACAAGUCGUCGACAUACAUCAGCAUUAGGAACAAAUCGUCAUAAAAAUUCUUUUGAUCAAAAACGUCCAAAUCGUCUAAGUACAGAUAUUAAUUCAGUGCGUGUACCAUUAAGUCGACCAACAACAGCUGUUUCAUUACCUGCUAAAUCAUCAGCAUCCGAUAAUGAAUGGGAUCUUGAUUCAGCUCAAAUAUUAGUAUCAUCUGUUCAACGACGAAAUCCAUCAUGUCCAUCAAUAUCUCCAACACUGCUACGUUCAAAAUCAUCAUCACAAUCACCUGUAUUACCAACAUUUAUUCCUCAACAAGCACCACCUGUAUUUACAACAACUUCUGAAUGUCUUGGAACAGAUUUUCGUCCACAAUUACGACGUGAUAUUCAAAGACGUUCACAAUCUUUAGCAAAACAAACAUUACCUAUGAGCAAUUCAGCAUCACCAACAAUUCCAAUUGUUUUUCUUACAAAUGAUGUUUUAUUAGGUUCAAUACGUGCUUUACAAAAUGAAAGACAAUUAUGUAAAUUAUCUAUUGAUUAUCUUAUUGAUGCAACUAAUAUGAGACCUGAUGAAUUAGCACGUAAAGCAAAUGUCGGAGCUCGUCUUCCAUGUCAAUGUGGUCAUGCACAUUCACGUUGUACGUUAACACUUGAAUUUGAUCAACCAUAUUUAACAAAUUCAACAUCAACUGAUUCAAAUAAUUUAAGUAACAGUAAAAUUCGAGAAUUAAGUCGUACACAAUUAGGACAACUAUUUUCAGCUGUUAAUCGUUUUAUAUUAAAAGCACAACAAGAAGAAAAACGAAUACUUAUUUAUGGUUUUGAAUUAAUGCCUAAUUCACCACUUGCUAUUAUUGCUAUUCAAUAUUUAAUGUUAUGUGAUGAACAAUUAACAUUAACUGAAGCAAUGCAUACAGUACAUCGUUUAUUUCCUAUGUUACCGAAGGAACAUCAACAAUUUACAACAAUGGAAAAACGUUUUCAAGAUUAUUUAAAACAAUUAGAUCGAAAAACAUUUCCAAAAAAUUUUCUUGUUAAUAAUAUAAAUAAUGAUGGUGGUGUUAGUGUUAGUGGAAAUGAUUAUCAACGAUUAUCACGAGAUCUAUCAUCGGAAACAUCUGAAAAAAGAAUUAUAGAUAAUGAUAAUACACCACUAACAUCAUGGACAACAAUACCAAUGCCAAUUGUAAAUGAUAAUCCAAAUCAAUCUCCUCAAUUAUUUACAACACGUUCAGCAUGGGACAGUUGA